UUUUGUCAGCUCUAAUAAUAGUGUGGAUCAGGUUCAGACUUCAGCUCAACACAAUCAGAGCAGCAGCCCUUUCUUUCUCUGUUUUACUUCAACUUCUGCUUUUCCGCUUAGUUUUUAAUUCAGACUUGGUUUUGAAAUCCUCUCUCUCUCUCUCUCUCUCUCUCUCUCUCUGGCUUAUAACUGGGUUUUUUUUGGUUCUGGACUCGCUCAUGCAGCGCUACCAGCGCUAUGACACCACCUCCUCCUUGCCCUCCUCAGCUUGGGUAGAGAAGGUUAGUGCUAAGGAGGAGGAGGAGACUGUGACAGGGGUUUUUAAUGAAGAGGAGGAGGAGGUCACACCUGCUGACUCAGAGUCAGAGGCCAAAGUGCCACCUGUGGAAAGUAAGAAUGGAAAGAGGACAGAAGGCAGCCAUGGAGGAAGAGGAGGAGACGCAGGAGGAGGAGGUUCCAAACACUCCAUGUUUACCUGGUUUGUGGUCCUGGCUCUGCUGGGAGUGUGGACCUCCAUGGCUGUGGUCUACUUUGACAUUGUGGACUAUGACAGCGUCAUUGCCAGAGCAAAGGAGUUUCACACAAACUUUUCUGAGGUUUUACAAGGUAAACUGAAGGCCUACGACUCGGACGGAGACGGAGACUUUGACAUGGAAGACGCUAAAGUCCUGCUCGAAAAGAAGACAUUGGCGGACGCCGGUCAACAAAUUAAAGAGCCUCCGGUGCGAGGCAAGUGUUUGCGUGCGGCUCUGAGGGCGGAGCUGAGGACUAUCCACGAGAAGAUGGAGGCCAAGAGGAUCGCCCGCAUCGCACUGGCCGAGAUCAGGGCGCUCCUCGCCGAGGAGGCGGAGCAGAGGGAGGCGGCCUGGGCCGCGAAGAGGAAGAUGCUGGAGGAGGAGGAGCGGCUGAGAGAGGAGAGGAAGAGAAUGCGAGAGAAGGAAGAGAGACCAAGAAUCGCUCAGGAGAAGGAGCGAGAGCGGGCGGCCAAGGAGAGGGCGGAGCAAGAAUAUUCGCAGAAGGAAAGAGUGACGAGGGAAGAGAGGGAGCGACAGAAUGCAGAGGAGGAGAGAGGAGGACGAGAGUGGGAGGUGAUGGAGAGACAGAGGCUCAGCCGAGAGAGAGCUCUGCGUGACAAGACGGAGGCAGAGAAACUGCGAAACAUCGCAAAGCUCAACACCACCAGACGAGAAAUUCAGACAAGAAACCCCGCCGCCUCUCACCUGAGAUCUGCGACAGCCGAGGAGAAGAAGGUGUUAGCGGUCAGAAGAAAACGCAAAAGUGACGCACAAAGUUAG